GUGUGUCAUCCCCAAUCACAUCACAUCACAAAUUAUUUAUUUAUUUAUAUAAAACUUUAAUCUCUUAAGACUAUCUAUUAUUGGUUUAACAGAACAGUGGUUAAACUCAAUUUACCUGUUUGCUGCUGUUAGUUAAGGCUAUUCCUCCAUAAAAUAAGCCCACUUGCCACUUUUGUUACGUAAAAGACCAAUAGAAGUUCUAUUAUAGAACAUAAGGAAUCAGACAACCAAGUAGUCAAUUUAUGAUAUUUUUGACUUGCAGCAAUAAUAAAAGGAAAGGUGCUCCAUUCUAAAACCGGAUCACUAAUGUCCGGGUGGAAUUCAGGAUAUGGAAACGAUGAGUGAAGAAGAUAAGAUAGACUGGAAGGUAGAAGCGGCCGGAGUCAUAAGAGAUAUUUCUGCCAACGUAACGUGUCUGUUCUUCAGUGACAGGCUCCAAGCAAACGAAGGACAAGGCGUGUACCUAAAUUUAGAAACCUUGGAAGGUUCCAAAUUUACAAUCAAAUUAAAUACGUCUGGUUAUGCAAUAGUUGGAAGGGAUUUGUUUGACGAUAACCAAUUGGAAGAACAAGGUGCUGUACCAUUCGAAACUGUAUACGCUCUCUUGCAAUCCAUCAGUCCACGAUACGUACGCAGCUUUGCCGGAAGCCUCCAAGCGAAAUUAACUGCACUUGCACGUCAACAAGAAGCUGAGAACAAUUUAGAGACACAAGGUGUCCACGUUUAACAUUUAUAACAGUGCUGCAUUCAGAGGUUGGG